AUGUUGCAACCAUCACAUGCUCGCAAUCAUCAUCAUCCACAAGGAGGGCUUAAUAUUGCUGCUGCAAGUAACUGUGCUUCUUCUAAUAGUAGUACUACGACGACCACUUUAAGAUUUAAUAGAAGAAAUUCAUUGAAUUCAAAUAAUAAGGCUACUCCCUCCACAAGUAGUAGAAAAGCGAGUGAUGAUAUUACCGAUUUUAAGGAACGGUUACGGAAAUAUCAAGGAAUUGUUCUUGAUGAUGAACCAACAAGUUCAAAGGCAUUAGUAGGUCAGUCAUCAUCAAAAUCGAGCAUGGAACCCUCAAAACCUACUACUAAAGAAGAACUGAUUAAGGAGGCUCAACAAUUACUCACUGAGGAUAGUAUUAUUAUUUCACCUUCUAAAUCCUUUUUGCAUAAUUCAUCAAAGAUAUUCGACGAUUCCAUGCUUUUGGAAGAUACAGAAAUCACUGAAAAGCCAUCUGAAACAAUCGAAAGUAGGCCAACAAUAGACGACCAUAACAUAACUGCAACCCGUGAUGAAAAAUUAGCAACUCCAAAGUCUUUAAAUCAAACAAAUCACAACAUGACACCUUCAAAGCUAGUUUUCUCCACGUGUUGUGGAUACCAUCAUGGCUCAGCCUGA